AUGGAAGAAGACUCGGUGGCACAGACCAGACCUCACUCGCUCGCAGCUUGCUCAGCUCCCACCACAACCAUGUCUGACAAACCCUGUAUGGCUGAGAUUGAGAAUUUGGAUAAAUCGAAACUGAAUAAAACAGAAACGCAAGAGAAAAAUCCACUGCCUUCAAAAGAAAUGACUGAACAGCAGAAACAAGCAGGCGAGUCGUAA